GGCCCGUUCGCUGCCUUUUCACCGCGAAUCUGAGGCGGCUCCGCCCGCCCGCUGCGGCCUCCUUGGUGUCCUGGCCCCCUUGGCCCGGCCCCCUCGUUCAGCCAUCCCGCCGCGCGCUGUCUGACCUCGGACGCCGCGCCUCGUGCUCCGGGUCCGGCGGGAGGCGCCGCGAGACUACAGCCCCCACAAUGCCCUGCGGCCCGCGCCGGGAUUGGCUGGACUCCGAACGGCCGCCAAUAGGACGCGGUUUUGUUGGCAGGUGGCGCCGGUCCCGUCAGCGCCGGCGCUCCUAAGCCGCCUCCCGCCAUGGGCAGCGCCGAGAGCCGCGAGGGCCGCAGGGCGUCUUUCGGGAUGGACGAGGAGGAGCGGGUCCGGGUGCUGCAGGGCAUCCGGCUGUCUGAAAACGUGGUCAACCGCAUGAAGGAGCCCGGCCAGCCGUCCAAAGUUGGGCCGCUGGCCCCUCCAGCUGCUGCCCUUGGCUCCUCCGGAGGCCGGGAGAAAGACUCGAAACCGCCCAGGCCGGACUGCGGCAGUGGCCGGGGGCCUCCGCAGGUGCAGGUGGACCCCCUUGAGAGGUGUGACUGGGAGCAGGCUGUGCUCCAGGACAAGCUGGUCCGUGUGGCCACGACAGAGAGAGAGGCAGCUGCGAAUCCCCGGAGUGUGACGCUGCGGCGUGGGGAGGGCGUUGUGGACCAGGAGAAGCAGCGGUUGGCUCAGCGGGCUAGGGAGCUGGAGACCCAGGAGGAGGAGCUGAGAUGCCGCGACGCCUUCUACAAGGAGCAGCUGGGGCGCCUGGAGAGGCAGAACCUCGAGGCGUACAGGCUGUCGUCACAGCAGUUCCACGAGGCAGCCACGAAGAUUGAGGGCGCCAUCAAGCCGCGCAGGGUGGAGCCCGUGUGCUCUGGGCUGCAGGCCCAGAUCCUCCGCUGCUACCGCGACCGCCUGCAGGAGGUGCUGCUCUGCGCUGACCUGGUGAGGGCCUACCAGCACUGCGUCAGCUCUGCACACAAGGGUUGACGCAGCCUCGCACCGGGCCCGCCGUGACAUGGAGCAUGAAGCCUGGACCUGCUGUGCGGCCACGGUGCAGACCACUGUGGCCUCCCUGCCGGCGCCCCCGCCCCUGCACUGGAGAAGGCGUGUGUGUGCCCCGCUCGCAGACAAAUAAAGCAGACGUCCUGUGCCUGGUGGGCCAA